AUGGGAGAUGGACAUUGUAUCCUAUAUCAGUGCAACAUAACAAGAAACAGGGUGAAAACCGAUACCGGUGGUUAUUUAAUUUCAACUAAUGAUAAUCCUUUCAUAUCUUACAUAAACGUCAUUGAGAAUUAUCAAUCCUAUGGCGAAUUUAAUUCUCAUACAUCAAGUCAAUCAUCAGAAUCAAGAUAUUUAGUUACUUUCUGUAAUUAUGUCAGAAAUAAAGCACCAAGUGGAAGUUUAAUUUAUACUGAUACAAUUCUUGACAUGAACUAUUGCUGCAUUGUUCAGAACAAGCUACCAUUCAUUUUCUUUGCAAGAACAAGAAGAAGUCAAAUAACUUUUGAAAAUUCGUCAACAGAUGGAACUACUUUCAAAAGAAUUGGACCAACAUUUAAAACUACGAACUUAUCAGAGUGUCUUCUUCUCUAUAAAACAAAAAAGGUCAUUAAUAUCACUGAUGAUGUCAGUUAUCUCUUUAAAUUCUAUCGUAGACAUUAA